AUGGCAAACCGGACUGCUCUGCAUCAGCGCAGACGAAAGCGACCCCAGCCGCCUGUAUACAGUGGUAUAUCUGGAUCAUAUGAAGACAAAGACAGUGAUUUUAUUUGUCACAAGUGCAUCAAAGAAAGUCUUCAGCAAAGCAACAGAUGUCCUAAGUGUACUUAUGUUAUAGAGGGCAUUGACCAGGUCUUUCCAAAUUUUAUGUUAAAUGAGUUGGUAUUAAAAUAUCGAGGAAAACAAGAACAAAAGAAGAUCAAACUUGAACAAAAGACGUCCCCCUCCACAGGCUCGGUGGAUUUGUUUGAUAUGCUGACAGAGGAAAACAUUGAUCUGUGUGAUGUAAACAAACUGUUGGAAGUACUUAACAUGAAAAAGCAAAAGCUGGAGGGGGAUGUAAAGUUUGCACAGAAAUACGUACUUAAAGAGUUUCUGCAAGAAAUUAGAAAAAAGAAACAAGGGAAACUAGAGCAAUUAAAACGAGAAAUAUCCCUCAUUGAUGAUGAUACUGAAAAAGUUGAUGGAAUGCUUUCUGAACACAGAAGGAAAUACCCAUACAUUCCAGAUCAUUUGGUGCCAAAUGGAUUUGAACCGACCAUGAGUACCAGCACUGAUUCCGGAAGUCAGGAUGGGUUCAAUGGCAGCAAAAAUGCUGGAAAACCCUGGUUACAAACAACAAUGGCAUCAAGAAGGAAAAGAGUCAGUCAGCACUUUGAGGAUCUGGAGCAAUGCUACUUCUCCAUAAGACAGAGGGAUGAGUAUAAUGGAGAGGAGGGACUGGAUGAGUUCACAGAAUGUCUUUCAAAAUUCACCAAAUUUAACUCAUUUAGAUCACUAGCAACAUUAAGUUAUGCCAGUGAUAUAUACAGUGGUUCCAGUAUAGUGUCCAGCAUAGAAUUUGACAGGGAUUGUGACUUCUUUGCCAUAGCAGGGGUAACCAAGAAAAUCAAGGUAUUUGAGUAUGGGACUGUGAUCAAAGAUGCAGUUGAUAUACACUACCCAGUUAAUGAAAUGAUCUGUAAUUCUAAAAUAAGCUGUGUAACGUGGAGCAGUUAUCACAAAAAUGUCCUGGCCAGCUCAGAUUAUGAAGGAACAAUUACACUAUGGGAUGCCUUCACCGGACAAAAAUCCAAACUCUUUCAGGAACAUGAAAAGAGAUGUUGGAGUGUAGAUUUUAACACAAUGGAUCCUAAGCUACUGGCCUCAGGUUCAGAUGAUGCUAAAGUGAAGCUGUGGUCAACUAAUGUAGAAAACUCUAUUGCCUGUCUGGAGGCUAAAGCUAAUGUGUGUUGUGUCAAGUUUAACCCAGAGAGCAGAUAUCACCUUGCAUUUGGUUCUGCUGAUCAUUUUGUUCACUACUAUGAUCUGAGGAAUACAAAAGAGGCUGUGAUGGUAUUUAAAGGUCACAGAAAAGCGGUGUCGUAUACAAAAUUCCUCAAUACCACAGAAAUUGUAUCAGCAUCUACAGACAGUCAGCUUAAACUGUGGAACAUAAAUAAACCAAAUUGUCUGAGAACAUUCAAAGGACAUAUCAAUGAGAAGAACUUUGUUGGUUUAGCUACAGAUGGGGAUUAUAUAGCCUGUGGAAGUGAAAACAAUUCUUUGUAUGUGUACUACAAAGGGCUUUCAAAACAAUUGAUGACAUUUAAAUUUGAUACAGUCCGAAGUGUGCUGCAGGAGAAAGACAAGAAGGAGGAUGAAGUGAAUGAGUUUGUGAGUGCUGUAGCCUGGAGACCUGGAUCUAAUGUGAUAGUAGCGGCAAAUAGUCAAGGAACAGUCAAGACACCCACAGUUGUUAGUGUUCAGAUAGCAGGGUGUGUGGUCCCUCAGUUAGCCAUACUCAAUGACAAAUGA